GCCGCAGCAGCAGCCAUGGGCCAGUGCUGCUCCAAGGGCACCGGAGAGGCCGCCGCCGCCGCCGCCGAGUCGGCACCAAAGGCGCAGGCGGCAAGCCGCAGCGCGUCGUCCGCGAACAACGAACGUCCGUCCUCGUCGUCCGCGGCGGCUGGCGGCGGCACGACGAAGCCGGCCUCGCCCACCGGCGGCGGCAAACCGGCGACGGCGGCGGCCGUUGGCCCUGUGCUUGGUCGUCCCAUGGAGGACGUUCGCGACACCCACUCGAUGGGGAAGGAGCUGGGUCGCGGGCAGUUCGGCGUGACGCACCUGUGCACGCACAGGGCGAGCGGCGAGAAGCUGGCGUGCAAGACGAUCGCGAAGCGGAAGCUGGCGACCAAGGAGGACGUGGACGACGUGCGUCGGGAGGUGCAGAUCAUGCACCACCUCUCCGGGCAGCCGAACGUGGUGGCGCUGCGGGGCGCGUACGAGGACAAGCAGAGCGUGCACCUGGUGAUGGAGCUCUGCGCCGGCGGCGAGCUCUUCGACCGCAUCAUCGCCAGAGGGCAGUACACGGAGCGGGGCGCGGCGGCGCUGCUGCGGACCAUCGUGCGGAUCGUGCACACCUGCCACGCCAUGGGGGUGAUGCACAGGGACAUCAAGCCCGAGAACUUCCUGCUGCUCAGCAAGGACGAGGACGCGCCGCUCAAGGCCACCGACUUCGGCCUCUCCGUCUUCUUCAAGGAAGGCGAGAUGCUCAGGGACAUCGUCGGCAGCGCCUACUACAUCGCCCCCGAGGUGCUCAAGAGGAAGUACGGCCCGGAGGCCGACAUCUGGAGCGUCGGCGUCAUGCUCUACAUCUUCCUCGCCGGCGUGCCUCCCUUCUGGGCAGAGAACGAGAACGGCAUCUUCACCGCCAUCCUGCGAGGCCAGCUCGACCUCUCCAGCGAGCCAUGGCCGCACAUCUCGCAGGGAGCCAAGGAUCUCGUCAAGAAGAUGCUCAACAUCAACCCUAAGGAGCGCCUUACGGCGUUCCAGGUCCUCAAUCACCCAUGGAUCAAAGAAGAUGGCGAUGCACCUGAUACGCCGCUUGAUAAUGUUGUUCUCGGCAGGCUCAAGCAGUUCAGGGCCAUGAACCAGUUCAAGAAAGCGGCAUUGAGGAUCAUAGCUGGGUGCCUAUCUGAAGAGGAGAUCACAGGGCUGAAGGAGAUGUUCAAGAACAUUGACAAGGAUAAUAGUGGGACCAUUACGCUUGACGAACUCAAGCACGGGUUGGCAAAGCAUGGACCCAAGCUGUCAGACAGUGAAAUGGAGAAACUAAUGGAAGCAGCUGAUGCUGAUGGCAACGGGUUAAUUGACUACGACGAGUUCGUCACCGCAACAGUGCACAUGAACAAAUUGGACAGAGAGGAGCACCUUUACACAGCAUUCCAGUAUUUCGACAAGGACAACAGCGGGUACAUCACUAAAGAAGAGCUUGAGCACGCCUUGAAGGAGCAAGGGCUGUAUGACGCCGACAAAAUCAAAGAGGUCAUCUCAGAUGCCGACUCUGACAAUGAUGGAAGGAUAGAUUAUUCGGAGUUUGUGGCAAUGAUGAGGAAAGGGACAGCAGGUGCUGACCCAAUGAACAAGAAGAGGCGAGACGUAGUCCUAUAGUGAAACAGCAAGGAAUCUGGAUGCUAUGCAUACUUAGGAACUGAGAAAGACAUGGACGAGUGCAUGAUGCAUGCUAAUCAGUCUGGAAGUCCUGAACCAAACAGAAGCUUGACGUACUACUGCUAGAGACAGAACAAUAGGAUGACGAUUCAGCAAGUGCAUAUUACAGAAGGCUACUGCUGGCAUGUAUUAUUCUCAUUGUCCUUGCACAAAAAUAGAAGACACAUUUGAGGGAACAACAUGCAACGAGAUCUACUGAUAAGGUAACCAUAUGACAGAACACAUAAUGAUGUCAAUUUAUUAAACAAUAAAAAUAAGAGAAAAAAA